ACUUAAAAAAUGACAAGCAACCAAACAUAACCUAUAUUGAUCACAUUGCUGAUUGAAAAACAACAAUGAAAACAUUUGAAAUUGUGAUUGGUACUUAUGAAGAGUUUUUAGUGGGAUAUGAUUUUUUUGACGAACAAGCACGUUUGGUUCAAAACUUUGCAUCUCAUGAUCAUACGGCCAGUUUACGUACGUUGGCGACAUGUGAUCAUUAUGUAGCUUCAGGAGGAGCUGAUGAUCGAAUAAUAAUAUACGACUUUCGUCUAAGGAAAGAACAUUGUAUGUUAUCACAUCAUAAUUCUACUAUUAAUUGUCUAGAGUUUACUCCCAAUCAUUCUCAUAUUAUUUCUGGUAGUCAAGAUGGAGUAUUGGCAAUUACCAGAGUUGGUAACUGGCAGGUCGAAAAGAUUUGGGAUAAAGCUCACAAAGGUUCCGCCACUAUAGAUAUUGCUGUACAUCCCACUGGCAAAUUAGCUUUAACACUAGGUGAAGAUUGUACUUUACGCACUUGGAAUUUAGUUAAAGGUAGACAAGCAUAUGCCAUAAAUCUCAGAAGCAAAAGUAAAGAUGCAAAAAGUUUAAGCAAAAUAUGCUGGUCUGUUGAUGGAGUGAGGUUUAUUAUUUUUGGUGGCAAAUACACAGAAAUAUGGAGCAUUGAAACAGGUGGCAUAUUACAAGUAAUUGAACAUGAAGUUAAAGUUACUAGCUGUAUUUGGUAUACAACCAAAAAAAUAUUAAUUGGGUAUGAGGAUGGAAAUGUUUGUUUAGUAAAAUUAUCUACAUUAAAAAAAACAUUACAUAAAGUUCAUGAACACAGAAUAAAAGCACUGGCCAAAUAUAAUGAUUGGAUAAUUUCUGGCUCUAGCAGUGGAGAAAUAAAGGUUUAUAAUAAAGCAUUUGAAGAAGUAUGUAAAGUUAAUUCAGGGUGUAGAAUCACGUCGAUGGUUAUAAUUGAACCUAUACAGAUAAAAAAAGAAAACUCUGAAGAUAUAGUGGCUAUUGAAGCAGAUGAAUUACAGGAAAGCAAUUCUCCUAAAUAUAGCACAAAAAAGAGAAAAUUGCAAAUCAAAAAUAGGUCAGAAGAGAAAAGUGAAAAAAUAACUGAAGUAAAUGUUCCAACUAAAAAAAAGAAAAAGUUGAAACUUAUUAAAGAUAGUUAAAUAAUAAAUUAUUUGUUAAUAAAGUACUCAAUUCUAUUUGAACACUUGUAAUUGAACCUUUGUAUAAUGAAUUUCCAUACAUAUGGCUCAUGGAUAAAUUAAUUAUGUGUGCUGUAUCCAUAGUAUAAUGUACUGACUUAGUAUUACAGUGUGUAGUAUAAGAAAGACAUAUUUGUUGAGAAUCACUUCUACCUUUUUGGUACAUGUCUUCAAAUUAUCAUUAUUAUUUCCUCACUCAAAUAGUCUAAGUCAAUAAAUACACCCUACUGCAACCCUGCUUAUUGAUAAUUGAACAGUACACAGUGAAAAUAAACAUUUUCUUUCCCACAAAUACAUUUAUUUUGUGAUAAAACUAUUUUAAAAGUUUUUUCUCUGCUCGAGCCUGUAGAUUUUAAAUUAAUAUUUGGAGGAUGAGUCAACCUUUUUUAUAUCCAUUAAUGUUUUAAUAAGUUCAAAAUGUAAGUUAAAUUUCCAAUAUACAAAACAUAAUGCACAUAAUAUGCUCAAAACAAAAGGUGCAUAAUUUGAAAUGGUGUUGCGGGUUGAGGACUCAAAAUAAAACUGUUUCGAUCUUUAUCAAGGCUAAAAAUAUAUGGUUCCUCAAUCCACAACACAACAGGUGAAGCAGGAGAGCACAUAAUCCUUACACUUCACAAAAAUUCUGGGAUAUUCAUACACUUCACUGAGUAUAACAAAAUCCUGAUACAUUAUGAAUUUAUUAACCUAUUUAGAUUUAUGGUUAUUAUUAUGAGAUUUUCAUGUUUACUGUUGCCAAAACACCCCUAAUUCAUUACAACCUUUUUUAAUUUUAUGCAUUAUUUUUGUUUCCAUAAACUUGUGCGGUGAACGUUUUCACAAUUAAGUCAUUAAAUAAUUUUUAUAAACAAAUUUCGUAUAAGCAGCAGUUAACGUUAAUCAAAAGUAGAAACCAUAAAGCAUUUCCAAUAAAACCUUAUAGUUCCAAAAUAGAGAGGAUUCAAUAAAUAAAUACACUCCCAUGAUCAACGAAUUUUAUAGGGUACCACAUACGUAUUACUUUUUAAGAAGUCAUUAAUAUACUUGUUAUACAUAUUUUUUUCUCCUUUCGAUUAUCCUUGUUUCUUUUUUUGUUACUGAAACUAUCCACACAAUUUGUAAAUUACACGUUAAUUUUUGUAAUAAUAUAUUUAUAUAUAAUAUAAAACUAUUACAUUCGAUCACCAUGAAUCAUACAUAAUUUUUUUUUAUUUUACACUCAUUACAAAGCCACAUGGUUAAAACAUGUAGUACAAGCACCAAACUAAAUACAAACUAUAUUAUUCGGUAUAAAAAUGUUAGUUUUAUCACUGGAUGUUUACAUGUAGGCACAACUAGCUUUAAUUGGAAUGGAUGUAAUAUUAAUUCAUUUAAUAAUAAUGUACGAAGUGUUGCUAUUAAAUAACAAGACUCAAAUCUUGUUCCUUUUAAUGCAGAUUUGUACUUAGAUCGAUUGUUAGAUCGAAAAGAUUAGCGAUUUUUUAAUUUUUUUCCUUCAUUUUUGAUGUGGAAUGGUGAAUUGAAUGUGAAUCAUCUUCAUCAUACACUUAUGGUUUCAAUAAAAGUUUCAUUUGCAGUUUCAUAUGAGAUUUCACAAUCUGUUGCUCUAUUUUUACGCAAAAAAAACGGCUCCUUUACGAAGGCUACGGCUAUACUGGUUUGUCUGGUAGACAUGCUAGAUAUCGCAUUUGAAGGAAUUGGCUUUAAACUAAACAGCUGACAGUAGCUAACCUUAGGCGCAUAUGUACCUUUUCUGUAGCAGCGCUAGUCUUGUUACUUAUUGGCCACACCUCGUAUAUUGUUUUAGAUAAAUUACUGUCUACCAGAGUUGGGUGCUACUUGAUAUUUAUUAAAAUAUAAAAUCAAUGACUUAUUUUAAAAAAUCAUGAUUGUUCACAUUUUUUUUUAUUUUAACCACCAAAUUAAUAGAUUUCACUACUUUAGACAUAUUUUCUUAAAUCAAAUGAUCUUACAAAUUGGGUAAUAUAGAUUUAAUACUUAGCUAUUAAGAAAUAGCAACAAUCCUUUUAGAUGAGACUUAUGAGUGAUAAAAAGAAAACAUGAAAAAUCUUUUUGUUUUCUUUUUUAUCAGUAUUACAUUAUAUGCAGAAAUUUGUCAAUCAAAUCAAAUUAUAUAAAGUUUUACUUUAUGUACACCAAGAUGUUGGGAGAGAAAUGAUUUUUUAUUGCAGCUUUAUAAAGUUUUCUUUAAAAAAUAUUGAUAAUUGUAGAAUAUUUUAUGAUAAUAAAUAAAGUUCAUUGGUUUUUGAA